AUGGUUGCAGUGAAGUUGAUGGUGGUGGCUGUUCUGCCUCGUGGAUUGCUGCUCUGGCGUCCGACAACAGAGCGCUGUCACCCAAGUGAAGUUCCUUUAUACCUCGCAAAACGAGAAAAGGAUUACACAAGCAAGCUGAUCAGCUACACGGUUGAUGCCAUAGUUCCUGGCACUGAAAUGGAAAGUGCAACAGCAAUGGUCACAUGCACCGAUCUAGCUGGCAAUGAAGUCCACAAAUUGACAUAUUCAACGACGACAUCAUUGCAGAGAGUGUUGAUCGAUGUAGCAGUAGAACUUCAUGAGGAGCGAAAGCAGGACUUACUUUUCAAGAACGAUGUUAUGAUUAAGCUGAUCAAGGGAGAGGCGGUCCUGACACCGAAUGACCUUCUUCAGACAAUCUUAGAGGAACCUACGUCAUCUUGGGAUGAUCCAGAGACAGCGUGGCAAGACCGAUGCUAUCUCAGAGACAAUUUUGUUGGAGCAGACCUCGGUGGGCUGCAAAGCUGGAUGGGCAAGCUUAAGAUCAACACCCGGACUAGGCCGGCGACAAAGUCCACCAAGAGCCCGGCGGCCAAAAAGGCAACAGAAAGGAAUCUUCUGGGCCCACUUGGAGCUGAAUAUGAUUUCCGUGGAAUGGUGGAAGGAGUCAAGAAGAAUGGCACGAAAGGAAUCAAAAAGCCAGCGGCAGCAAAGAAGGUUGCAAAGAAGCCGCUACCAGCCAAAGAACUUGGAGAGUGGAUGGCAGAGAUGUCAGCUCGAAAUCAGGCUGCACUCCAGGCCGAAAAGGCCACUAGUGAUGAAUCGUAG